UCUCAAAACUUUUUCCUCGGCUCUGAGUCUCUCUGCCUUGUGUCGGAGCUCCGGGGAGCGCUGGGUGUGAUGCCGGAUGACUGUGUGGUCCCUGAGCCGCUGUCGGAGCGCUCUCUCUCUGGAUAGACAGCAGUAGACACGCGAUACGGACAGCAGACGGACCGGAGCUCUCUAAUAAAGGACCGGAGCUCUCUAAUAAAGGACCGGAGCUCUAUAAUAAAGGACCGGAGCUCUAGAAUAAAGGACCGGAGCUCUAUAAUAAAGGACCGGAGCCCUAUAAUAAUAAAGGACUGCAGGUUGGAUAAAGUGGCCGCCCGGAGCCCGUCACCAUGCGGGUCCUGUUGAGCGUCCUGUACCCGGUCCUCUCCCUCACCGUCUUCGGAUUAUACCCCUCUAUGACUAUCGGGCCUAAGGAGGGCUGGCAGGUCUACAGCUCGGCUCAGGAUGCUGAUGGCCGCUGUAUCUGCACCGUGGUGGCACCAGAACAAAGUCUCUGCUCCAGAGACGCCAAGAGCAGACAGCUGCGCCAGCUACUGGAGAAGGUGCAGAACAUGUCUCAGUCCAUCGAGGUGCUGAACCUGAGGACCCAGAGGGAUUUCCAAUAUGUCAUGAAGAUGGAAAACCAGAUGAAGGGCCUGAGGACCAAGUUCAGACAGAUUGAGGACGACAGGAAAUCCAUCAUCGCCAGAAACUUCCAGGAGCUGAAGGACAAGAUGGACGAGCUGAAGCCGCUGAUCCCAGUCCUGGAGCAGUACAAGAUGGACGCUGCGCUCAUUUCCCAGUUCAAGGAGGAGAUCAGGAACCUCUCAGCGGUGCUGACGGGCAUCCAGGAGGAGCUGGGGGCCUUCGACUACGAUGAGCUCUACCAGAGAGUCCUCCGCCUGGACAACCGGCUCCGCAGCUGUAUGGGCAAACUGACGUGUGGGAAAUUAAUGAAAAUCACUGGACCUGUUACAAUAAAGACAUCUGGAACCCGGUUUGGGGCAUGGAUGACUGAUCCGCUAGCCUCCACCAGGAACAACAGGGUUUGGUACAUGGACAGCUACACCAACAGUAAGAUCGUGCGUGAGUACAAGACGAUGGACGACUUCGUAGCGGGCGUGGUGUCCCGAACCUACAGCCUGCCGUUUAAAUGGGAGGGAACCAACCACAUCGUCUACAACGGAUCCCUUUACUACAACAAGUACCAGAGCAACAUCAUAGUCAAGUACAGCUUCGAGACCGGCAGCGUUCUGGCCCAGAGAGCGCUGGAGUUCGCCGGCUUCCACAACAUGUACCCGUACACCUGGGGAGGCUACUCCGACAUCGACGUCAUGGCCGACGAGCUGGGCAUGUGGGUCGUGUAUGCGACCAAUCAAAACGCUGGAAACGUGGUCAUCUCCCAGAUCGACCCCGACACCCUGCAGGUGCUGAAGACCUGGAACACCGAGUACUCCAAAAGGAACGCGGGUGAGUCGUUCAUGAUCUGCGGGACGCUCUACGUCACUAACUCUCACCUGUCGGGAGCCAAGGUGUACUACGCCUACUCCACCAAGACUUCCACCUACGAAUACAUAGACAUUCCUUUCCACAACCAGUACUUUCACAUCUCCAUGUUCGACUACAACGCCAGAGAGAGAGCACUAUACGCCUGGAAUAACGGACACCAGGUCAUAUUUAACGUCACCCUCUUCCACGUGAUAAAAACUGACGAUGACUGAUAAACUAAAGCACCAUCGUUUGUAAUACAAGGACCUCCUAAAUAACCACUUUUUCUUUGUCUGGUCCAUGGUAUCUUUACCUGCCACUACUUGAACUUUUCUAAUUUGUGGCUCUGGAUUGUUGGCUGAUUGAGCAUGGACACCAAUGACUUGAUACCUGACUGGAAAACAUACAUUUUUUACACUUUUCCAUUGCUGCUGAUCAGACUGGUAUGCCUUAUUUGCAGCCUAAGACUCUAAAGCUUUUGCAUGAAUGUCCACAUUUUGUCAUCUGUGAUUUCCUAUGAGGUAGCUGUGUUUUUCUUGCAAAUCUGUUUUGCUUACAGUGUUUGCAUUUUUGUCUAUUUAAAAGUAAAUUUAAAAGUAUUUAAACCUUAAAGGCAACAUCUCCUGCAUAUUUGCUACCAUGUUUAGCUAGCUGAUUCUAAAAUAUACUAGCCAUUCUUUUAAAGAUGGGCCUGUAAAAUAUUGCUGUUAUGUAUGUAUCUGUGGAAAAAGAACAUUUGUAUUUUUUAUAAAAGAAAACCAUAGGAGAAUAUCUGUGCAUUUUCAUUAAAAUUAAAAUAUUG